UCGCUGGAAAAUUCGGCGGAAAACGCGAGAAAAUUGCGAAAAACUGAAUGUGUGAGGGAGACGACUAGUAGUGAAAUGCAUCCGUCUCAUUUUCUCUUCAACAAAAUGUACCAAAAAGGGCGCCAAAUUCAAAAAGUUGCCAAAAAAGCGUGGAAUUUGUAUAGAGGGAGGGGCUACAUGAAGGAGAGCUUAGGGUGGUGGGGGAAUUCAUAACAUUGGUGUCAAUGGCCUGGUGACAGUUAUAUCUGUACCAAAUUUCAUCGCAAUCGGACCAGCGGUGUAGAAAUGCAUAGCUGAACAGAAACGAAAUCCUAGUGCGAGAAAAUUUUGUAAUUUAAUAAAUAGAGUUCAAGGAAAACAUAGCAAUGGCAGUGGAAGCAAAGGAGUAAUGCUUUGCUCAAAAACCCUUUAAACUUGAUAAACUAUCUAUCGCAUCACCAAAUAUGCUGGUGCGAACGUCAUCCCAAAAUGAUGAUCCUAAAUUUGAGUGCCGCGACGGAUGGAGGCUCUUCUUCACCAAGGAAUUUGAGUGCAGAAAUGCAACUGAAACCCACAUCUACAAUGUAUUCACCUCUACGUGGUCGACGCUUGAUGAGCUGGACAACUUCCUUCCCAAUCGUCAUGUCUUUAAGACGAGGUACGGGAAGAGGAUUGCGUAUGAGUACGAAGAUGGGGAGGAUUUGUUGCCAGACAUUCCCAGGCCAGAGCAUCCCCUAGAAUGCUAUGGAUCUACCGUUUAUGGAGACUACUUGUAUACAUUUGGUGAUCUCAGUAUUUCCGAAGAAUUCGGUGGGGACAGAAGAUUCUUCUGUGAGAUUUUCCGGAUUCAUUUGAAAGGCAUGGGGCAUGAAUACAUCUCUAGACCGCUCCUCCACAACAGCGACCGGAGAUUCGAUUACUCAAUUGUUGUGGUUGCAGAACGAGUUUUCUUCAUUGGUGGUCAAGGAUUCGAUCAGCUAGUAGACCUCGUGGAGAUUCCUGUCUUCAAUCUCAAAACACUCUCUUGGUCAACCGUGAACACAAAACCCGACAGAUGCAGUAAAUCUGUUCAAAACUACCCAGAAGCGAGAGUAUCUCCAUCAUGUCUCGUUAUUGAUACCCCAAAUGGGCAGGAGAUUGUCAUUGCUGGAGGAAAUGGUAAGUUUGACAACUGCACCGACAUUUGGGCGUUAAAUCUUCGAACGUACGAAUGGAGGUUCAUCAAUGUGAUCGAAGAGAUAAAUCUCAUGAUAAUGCGUGUGGCGCAGAGUCAUCCACACUGCAUGUACAUUUACGGAACGACGGGGCACUUUGAGAUCUACAGAAUGUGGCUGCAGAUACCUCGACUAGAGACGAUGUGCCUAGAAGCCAUUAGUCACUACAGACUAUACAAGCUUCCAGAAACGGAUCUUAUUAGAUUUCGCGUUCCACCACGAUUUUUCGAAGAGCUCAAAAAGUAACAGAAAGAAUCUCUUAAGAUGCACAACAAACGAUAGCUAAUUCAGCCAAAACUUCCAGUGAACACAGCAGAAUUUCUACAAUAUUUUAGUGCAGAUUUCCCCUCUCUAUAUAAUAGACUUUGAGGCUUUUUUGUGAUCCUGGCGAUGAGCCAAUAAAUCAUGAUUUAUCUUAUAAA